AUGGUAUUUGAAGCGAAGCCUUUUGAUCCGAUUACGGUCAAACCAAAUGAUAAAAGACGCGUUGCUUAUUUUUACGAUGCAGAUGUUGGGAAUUAUGCAUACGGAGCAGGCCACCCAAUGAAACCACAUAGGAUAAGAAUGGCACACUCCCUUAUCAUGAACUAUGGCUUAUACAAGAAGAUGGAGAUCUACAGAGCUAAGCCAGCGACGAAAYAAGAAAUGUGUCAGUUUCAUACCGACGAGUAUAUUGACUUUUUGUCGAGGGUCACACCGGAUAAUUUAGAAAUGUUCAAAAGAGAAAGUGUCAAGUUCAAUGUUGGUGAUGAUUGUCCAGUGUUUGAUGGUCUUUACGAGUACUGUAGUAUCUCUGGUGGGGGUUCCAUGGAAGGUGCUGCUCGUCUAAACAGGGGCAAGUGCGAUGUUGCCGUCAAUUAUGCUGGUGGUUUACAUCAUGCAAAGAAAUCAGAAGCCUCCGGGUUUUGUUAUUUGAACGAUAUAGUAUUGGGUAUCAUUGAGCUACUACGGUACCAUCCCAGGGUAUUGUAUAUCGAUAUUGAUGUGCACCACGGUGAUGGUGUGGAAGAAGCAUUUUAUACUACUGACCGUGUCAUGACAUGUUCUUUCCAUAAAUACGGUGAGUUUUUCCCUGGUACAGGUGAAUUGAGAGAUGUCGGGGUAGGUAAAGGGAAGAAUUACUCAGUCAAUGUUCCUUUACGAGACGGUAUUGAUGAUGCUACCUAUAGAGCCGUGUUCGAACCUGUGGUAAAGAAAAUUAUGGAUUGGUAUCAACCCUCAGCUGUGGUAUUACAGACUGGUGGUGAUUCCUUGUCUGGUGAUCGUCUUGGUUGCUUCAACCUUUCCAUGGAAGGUCAUGCUAACUGUGUCAACUACGUGAAAUCCUUUGGGAUUCCAAUGAUGGUGGUUGGUGGUGGUGGCUAUACUAUGAGAAAUGUCGCAAGAACAUGGUGCUUUGAAACUGGCCUACUGAAUAACGUUGUUUUAGAUAAAGACUUACCAUACAAUGAAUACUACGAAUAUUACGGUCCAGAUUAUAAGCUAAGCGUCAGACCUUCGAAUAUGUUCAAUGUGAAUACUCCAGAGUAUCUUGAUAAGAUAAUGACCAAUAUAUUUACAAAUCUAGAGAACACCAAAUAUGCGCCGAGUGUUCAAUUGAAUCACACACCCAGGGAUGCAGAAGAUCUAGGUGACGUCGAAGAGGAUUCUGCUGAGGCCAAAGACACAAAAGGUGGUUCGCAGUAUGCGAGGGACUUACAUGUUGAGCAUGACAAUGAAUUCUAUUGA